UCGAAAAAAGUGAAUAAAUAUCAAGUAUUGUCGUAUUUUCCGAAACAUUCAAGCAGUCACAGUGAAGCUAUUUUAUUCAUCUCGAAAUAUGAACGUCUUUUAUUUUACAUUACUUUUGUGCGCACCAUUUUUGAUGGCUGUACAGGCUGGAAUAAUUCCAGGCGUUUCUGACCAGCAAACACUGUACCCUCAAUUGGGAAUCGCCAAUCAACCACAAUUAGGCUUGACCAUGGGCAUGAACAAUCAACAGCCUGUUUAUCAUCAAGUAGUUCAACAACAGCCAACAGGAUUUGGCCAACAACAAACAACAUACACCACUACUGUUAACGGUCCGAAUCAAGUUGUUGCGCAACAAAAUCAUUUGAUUCCAUCAUUUUUGUCGCCAGUAACCACGGUUAUGCAUCACAUUAUUCAGAUCCCAAAAACCGUUCAAAGUUAUUUCAAUCGAUCAAUGCAUCGUCAAGGAUCUUAUAAUAAUAAUAAUAACAAAAAUAUUAAUAGAUUGUCCCGAAACACGAACUCGAGAUGUCCAAGUGGUUCAAGAUCAUCUUCAAACAUGGUCUACAAUCAAGAACCAGUUAUAACUCAUACUUCGGUACCAUACUAGUGCCAAAGUAUGCAAUUACAUCCACACACAAACACAGCCAAUAAAUAGCACAAAUAAUUUCCGAGUGUAUGUGUAAUGUGUAUGUUGUUGGUGGCCACAUUGAAAUCGAAAUGAUUCAAUAAAGAAAAAUUUAAUGAAAAUAAUACCAUA